AUGAGUGUGUCACAACUUGUCGCCGAGAUAAACCAAACGUACCAAGCAAACAAGCAAAAGAAGUAUGAAACUUUGACUAAACUACUAUCGGUGAACCCAGCAGAGAACGGCUAUAUAUCAUCGAUUUAUAACAGUACCACCAAUCCAUCAACACCUCAAACAUCAUACGACGACGAUUGGCCAGCAUUUGCCUCAGUUGUGUCUAGCUUUGUUAAACUUUGCACUGAGAUAGACCCAUGGUCUGUCUUACAAUCGUUUGAUUUAUUUACAACAUAUCUCAACGAUUUAUCCAUUGCAUUCAACAACAACAACUAUGGUUGGCUUUUAUCAGGUGUCAUCAAAUCAACAAUUGGGUUGGUAACACCAUGGGCAUUACAAUUGGAUACACAAAUGUUUUUCAAAGAGCAUGGCGGUAAAUAUCGGUUAAAUUACAUUGCUAGUGUGAUUUUGAAAAUCUUCAACAAUAUUCGUAUAAAUGAUUCAAACGUGUACAAGAAAUCAAUCAUACUAUAUUUGGGAAAUAAGCUUUGUUUCAUCUACUGGAAAUUGGAUAAUCCCUUGCUUUGUCGCAAUAUUUUUAGUAACAUGAAUAACACCAGUUUACAAUUGACCGAUUUUCCCAUAACGGAACAAUUAAAGUAUCGAUACUAUCUUGCCCGUUAUUAUUUUAUCAAAUACGAAUUGAUUGAAAGUUUUGAACUAUUGAAAUGGUGCUUAACUAGAACCAAUAGUGGGAAGAAUCAACAAUUGAUACUUGAACUAUUUGUUCCUAUAAGUUUGGUUAUUGGUAAAACCCCCAAUUUUACCAAUUUGAAACAAUCACAGGCGAAUAACCAAUACGUGGUGAAAUUUUUAUCCAUCCCUUGUGCAACAGAAUUACCAAUAUUUGAAAAGCAAAAAUUUGUUGCUUUUAAUGAACAAGAUGGAGAUUUUGAUUUAUCGCAAUUUGGUGAAAAAUUGUUGGAAAAUCUUGGGGAGGCAAACUACAUUAAACUAUAA